CCCGCGCCCCGCGCCGCCUGCGCCCCGGGAGGAAGGGAGGCCCGUGCGCCCCGCCCCGCGAUGGCCGCCCCGCCGGGGCCGCGCCGCCUCCCGCUGCUCCUCGGGCUCCUGCUCCCGCUCGGCGGCGCCUUCAACCUGGACGCCGAGCGCCCGGCCGAGUACGCGGGCCCCGCGGGCAGCUUCUUCGGCUUCGCCGUGGACUUCUUCGUGCCCAGCGCGUCCUCCGUGUUCCUCCUGGUGGGCGCGCCCAAGGCCAACACCACGCAGCCCGGCAUCGUGGAGGGAGGCCAGGUCCUCAAGUGCGACUGGUCGUCUCAGCGCAGGUGCCAGCCCAUCGAGUUCGACGCCACAGGCAACAGAGACUUUGCCAAGGACGACCCGCUGGAAUUCAAGUCCCAUCAGUGGUUCGGCGCGUCCGUGAGGUCCAAGCAGGACAAAAUUCUGGCCUGCGCCCCGCUGUACCACUGGAGGACGGAGACGAAGCAGGAGCGAGAGCCCGUGGGCACCUGCUUCCUUCAGGACGGCGCGCGGACCGUGGAGUACGCCCCGUGCCGGUCAAAAAAUAUUGAUGCUGACGGACAGGGCUUCUGUCAAGGAGGAUUCAGCAUUGAUUUCACGAAAGCCGACAGAGUGCUUCUUGGCGGUCCUGGUAGCUUUUAUUGGCAAGGCCAGCUCAUAUCGGAUCAGGUGGCAGAAAUUGUUUCUAAAUACGACCCCAAAGUUUACAGCAUCAAGUACAGCAACCAGCUGGCGACGCGGACCGCGCAGGCUGUUUUUGACGACAGCUACUUGGGUUACUCGGUGGCGGUCGGCGAUUUCAACGGCGAUGGCAUAGACGACUUUGUUUCCGGAGUUCCGAGAGCAGCGAGGACUUUGGGAAUGGUUUACAUCUAUGAUGGGAAGAACAUGUCCUCCUUGUACAAUUUCACUGGUGAGCAGAUGGCGGCGUAUUUCGGAUUUGCUGUCGCUGCCACUGACAUCAACGGGGAUGACCUCGCGGACGUGUUCGUCGGCGCCCCGCUGUUCAUGGACCGCGGCUCGGACGGGAAGCUGCAGGAGGUGGGGCAGGUGUGCGUGUCCCUGCAGAGGCCCUCGGGCGGCUUCCAGACCACCAGGCUCCACGGCUUCGAGGUCUUCGCGCGGUUCGGCAGCGCCAUCGCGCCGCUGGGCGACCUGGACCAGGACGGCUUCAAUGACGUCGCCAUCGCCGCCCCCUACGGGGGUGAAGACAGAAAAGGCGUCGUGUACAUUUUCAACGGCAGAUCCACGGGCUUGAACGCGGCGCCGUCCCAGGCCCUGGAGGGGCGCUGGGCCGCGCAGAGCAUGCCGCCGAGCUUCGGCUACUCCCUGAAGGGCGCCACGGACAUCGACCGCAACGGGUACCCAGACCUGAUUGUGGGAGCUUUUGGCGUGGACAGAGCUGUGUUGUACAGAGCCAGGCCGGUCAUCACUGUCCAUGCCGGCCUGGAAGUCUACCCGAGCAUUUUAAACCAAGACAAUAAGACCUGCCCGCUGCCCGGGACAGACCUUAAAGUUUCCUGCUUCAACGUCAGGUUCUGCUUGCGGGCGGAUGGCAAAGGAGCGCUUCCCGCGAAGCUGAACUUCCAGGUGGAGCUUCUUUUGGAUAAACUGAAGCAAAAGGGAGCAGUUCGCCGAGCACUGUUUCUCCACAACAGGUCCCCAGGCCACCCCAAGAACAUGACCGUCCCCAGGGGGGGCCGGAUGCAGUGCGAGGAGCUGGUGGCGUACCUGCGGGAUGAAUCUGAGUUUAGAGACAAGCUCACUCCGAUCACCGUUUUCAUGGAGUACCGGCUGGACUACAGAACGGCGGCCGACGCCACGGGCCUGCGGCCCAUCCUCAACCAGUUCACGCCCGCCAACCUCAGUCGGCAGGCUCACAUCCUCCUGGACUGCGGCGAGGACAACAUCUGCAAACCCAAGCUGGAGGUCUCCGUGGACAGAGACCAGAAGAAGAUCUACAUCGGGGACGACAACCCGCUGACCCUGAUGGUGACGGCGCAGAACCAGGGCGAAGGCGCCUACGAGGCGGAGCUCACCGUGGCCCUGCCCCCGCAGGCCGACUUCAUCGGCGUCGUCCGCAACAGCGAGGCCCUGGCGAGACUUUCCUGUGCGUUUAAGACGGAAAACCAGACCCGCCAGGUGGUGUGUGACCUGGGGAACCCCAUGAAGGCGGGGACCCAGCUCCGCGCCGGCCUCCGGUUCAGUGUGCAGCAGCAGUCGGAGAUGGACACGUCGGUGAAGUUCGACCUCCAGAUCCAGAGCUCCAAUCUCUUCGAUCAAGUCAGCCCGGUGGUGUCGUACCGAGUGGACCUGGCCGUGCUGGCUGCCGUGGAGAUCAGAGGGGUCUCGAGUCCUGACCACGUCUUCCUCCCGAUCCCCAACUGGGAGCAGAAGGAGAACCCCGAGACGGAGGAGGACGUGGGGCCGGUGAUCCAGCACAUCUACGAGCUGAGGAACAACGGCCCGAGCUCGUUCAGCAAGGCCAUGCUGACCCUGCAGUGGCCCCACAAGCUCCGCAACAGCACGCUGCUCUACGUCCUGCGGUACGACGUGGACGGGCCCAUGAACUGCACGGCCGACGCGGAGAUCAACCCCCUGAGGAUCAAGGUCUCAAGUUCGCAGCCGGCGGAGAAGAACGCCAGUGCCGCGGGGCAGGGCGAGCGCGGCCACCUCGUCACCAGGCGGGACCUCGCCCAGAGCGAUGGGGGCGUCCACACGCUGGGCUGCGGGGUGGCGGAGUGCUUGAAGAUCGUCUGCCAGGUGGGGCGCCUGGACCGCGGGAAGAGCGCCAUCCUGUACGUGAGGUCGCUGCUGUGGACCCAGACCUUCAUGAACCAGGAGAACCGGAACCGCUCCUACUCCCUCAAGUCCUCGGCCGCCUUCAGCGUCAUCGAGUUUCCCUACAAGAACCUCCCCAUCGACGACCUCUCCAACUCCACCCUCGUCACCACGGACGUCACCUGGGGCAUCCAGCCGGCGCCCGUGCCGGUGCCCGUGUGGGUGAUCGUCUUGGCGGUUCUGGCAGGGCUGCUGCUGCUGGCGGUGCUGGUGUUUGUGAUGCACCGGAUGGGCUUCUUCAAGCGCGUGCGGCCGCCUCAGGAGGAGCCCGAGAGGGAGCAGCUCCAGCCGCACGAAAACGGCGAAGGGAACUCGGAGACUUAACGGGCGUGCGAGCCGCGCGCCUCCGGCCGGGGGGUGGCCGGGUCGUCACCGGUCCGGUUCCCUCCGCGAGGACA